AUGUAUGCGGACCCCAACCCGCUCACGGCCGACACGUCAUGUCAUCAGUUUUUGAAUGGUACGGUCGCCUUCUAUGUCAAUCAAAUCGACCAGGGCUGUUCCAUCCGCUCCUAUCUCUCUUCCAACUGCGACCCAUCGACAUCGUCAAUAGCCGGCAUCCUCAUCGCCGUCGGCACAUGUUUCUACGUCGACGAGGGCGUCAAUCUAGGUUCCUGGCGACCUGACUGUGCGGGCGUCGACUACUCGUCCUCCAACGGCCUGGACAAAGGCAACUCCUACUCGAACGGCACCAACACCGCCCCGGCCGUCCAGUCUGUCCUGAUGACCGCCACGGGCGGCGUCGUCACUUUCACGGGCGUCACGGCUUCGCCGACCUCGAGUGCCACCCCGAUUUCGACUUCGACUGCGACACCGACCACGGCAACCGCUGCAGCCGGAUCUGCCAGUGGUACCGCGGGUGCAGCGUCAGGUUCGAGCGCGAGUGGCACGAAUGGUGCGGCGGCCAGCGCGAGUGCAACUUCAACGACGAAGGCCACGAGUGGUGCGGCGGCCAUGUUUGGAGGGUUCGGCGACGGAUCGUUAUGGGUGGUCGAAAUGGGCGCGCUUAUGGCACUUCCGAUCUUUUUCUAA